AUGUUGUGCUUAGCGAAUAGCGAUAGUGCUCAGACCAAUGGUAAAAAAUUGAAAGAGCAGUUGGAAUAUAGCGACUUUCACCAAUGGACCACAAACACCAAAGAAAAUAGUUAUCAUUUCUAUAGUUCUAGAUAUCUCAAUAGAUACAAUAAACCUCUCAAAAAGUUUCAAAAAAUAAUAUUGAAUGAUGUUAUUCCAAAACAAUUUUCUCCUCAAAAAGUGUACUGGUCUCAAGUUUUCCAAGCCAGCAAAUCGCUUUAUAGCCAAUUUGGUAUUGCCGGUUAUAACAAUAAUGGAAUCAUCAAAAUAUACGAUGCUAGAUAUGUUGCAAAUAGCGAUCUGAUAACAACCACCGAAAGAAGCUCUGCCAUCCAGCAAUGUAAAAACUAUUACUCAAAAGGCAUCCAACAAUUUAUAAUUGAACGUCGGAUCUUCAAUGUAAUGAACAAAUACCAACCAGAGUAUCUUCCAGCACUCUUGUGCGAUAGUCGUAUGGAGGGAACAUAUAAUUCGAACAAUAAAUCAUAUUCGCCAAAUGGACCAUUUUUAUUCAUGGAGCAUUUGGAGGACCACCAAAAUUUAAUUGAGGAAACAGAUUUAAAAAGAGUUGCUAACCAAGGGUUAUGUGUUUUGAAAACCUUUUACCAAAAUAACAUUAUACAUGGCGAUAUAAAACGUUCAAAUUUGAUUGUCAAUUUUCAAAACAACAAAAAUACAAUCAAAUUCUGGUAUAUUGACUUUGGGUUUUCAAAAUCUUUUAAAAAAACUAACACAUCUUAUACUUUGGGAGAAAAUGACAAGUAUAAAGACAAAAUUCAAAUGAAAUUAGAUGACAUAAAUGGACAUAAAUGGACAUAA